ACUGAUCUGUCAGCAUCUUUUCUUUGCUUCUAAUACAAAUUCCUCUUUAUUUGCCCAUAAAGAAGAAGAAAAAAAGUACCUAUAUAUUUGUGCUUUUAACUCUAUUCUUUAGUUUCUUGUCAACUCUAUUGAAUAGAGUCACUAAACAAGAGUAUAGUAAAAUGGGAAGGCAGCCAUGUUGUGAUAAAGUUGGAUUAAAGAGAGGUCCAUGGACUAUAGAUGAAGACCAUAAGCUGUUGAACUUUAUUCUUAACAAUGGCAUUCAAUGUUGGAAAAUGGUUCCCAAGUUUGCAGGUUUGCAGAGAUGUGGAAAGAGUUGCAGACUGAGAUGGAUUAAUUAUUUGAGACCAGAUCUUAAAAGAGAGCCACUAUCAGAAGCUGAAGAGAAUCAGAUUAUACAACUUCAUGCCUGUUUUGGUAACAGGUGGUCUAAGAUAGCAUCACAUUUUCCAGGCCGGACUGACAAUGAGAUCAAGAACCACUGGAACACUCGGAUUAAGAAGAGAUUAAAGCUUCUUGGAAUAGACCCUUUAACUCACAAUCCAAUUGAGCCACUUAAUCUUGAAAAUCUUGAACAAAAACCAGAUGAGACGAUCAUACAAUCCAACAUGCCAACAACACAUGAUCAUGAAACAGAGAAUUCGUCGACAAGUAGUGAAACUAAGAAGACAGAAACAGACAUCAAGACUGAUGAUAUUACUAAUGAUUUCUCAGUAGUAGACAAUGAGUACUCCAACUUGUGUGGAAACUUGGAUGUGGACUUGUUGAGCAAUACUACUAAAACUAUGUCAUAUUCUUUGGAAAUUGCUGAAUCCAUCAAUCUUUCAUCAGCAUCAGUUGCUACAGAAUCCUCAAGUAAUGUUGUCCCUGCAGAAGGACAGGACUCUAUACAGCAAUGGUUUUACAGUGUGGAUUCACUUUUCUCAUAUGGGACAACAAUGUCAAUCAACAUGGAGUUGGAGAAGACUUUCUUUUGGAGAAACUACAACCAUUGAUUACUCUAUUUUUGUUCCUCCUAUCUCUCUCCACAGCUACAUCUAUCUUUUUCUAUCAUUAGUAUUCCAGAAUUAAUACACAACUUUCUCAAAUUCAUUUUCAAAAAGAGGUCCUUUCUGUUAUUGAACUACUGCCGUGUGAUGCGAGAAGCGCAAAAAAGCUCUAAGGUCUGUUGGGGUUUUAAGCGCAAAACGCAAAUAAAGCAUGGGCUUUAA